GGUUCGAGGAGCGCGAGAUACCCCGCCACUCGUAUCCUCUGAUUGCUACGGAUUGGAGCACUAUAAUAAGAGAGAGAGAGUGAUGUUGCCGGGAUUUGCUACAUUUCAAAAAGCAAUUCCCUAGCUUCCUACCUUCAAUAAACCCUAGUGAACCUCCAAAAGCAGCUGGAAUAGUUUGCUGCGAUUUUUUGGUGAAUUUCAGCUAUGACGAACGCGAUUGAUCUUGAUCAUGAUCAACAAUGGCUUAUCAAUUGUUUGAAUGCUACACUUGAUACUAAUCAGCAAGUUCGUUCUUUUGCUGAAGCGUCACUCAAUCAAGCGACACUUCAACAUGGCUUUGGAAGUGCGCUGGCUAAAGUUGCUGCAAACAGGGAAUUGCCAAUGGGACUGCGCCAAAUAUCCUUUCUUGACUGCUACCCUCUCUCUUACUUGCUCAUUUAUUCUUUCUUUUUCUGCUGUGAUUGUGGCGUAGGUUAUUGCUGAUUUUAUUGAAGUGGAAUUUUUAAUUUGUUUAUUUGUUUUCUUCAAAACUACAAUAAAAAACCAAUCACUUCCUCUUUGUAUUUUUUUUAUUUUCAUGACUUACAUGUAAAUCCUAUUGCAUUAUCUUGGAGGCUUUGACAUGUUUUACCUAGCUGCAGUUCUUUUGAAGCAGUUUAUCAAAAAACAUUGGGAUGAGGAUGACGAGGAUAACUUUGAGCAUCCUGUUGUUGCAUGUGAUGAGAAGGAAGUCAUACGUAGACUUCUCCUGUUGUGCUUGGAUGAUUCACACAGGAAAAUCUGCACAGCAGUAAGCAUGGCUGUUGCCUCCAUUGCACACUAUGAUUGGCCAGAAAAUUGGCCUGAGUUAUUGCCUUUCCUGAUGAAAUUGAUUAAUGAUCAAACUAAUAUGAAUGGAGUGCUCGGUGCAUUAAGGUGCUUGGCCCUUCUAUCUGGGGACAUAGAUGAUAAAGCUGUACCAUCUUUGGUGCCUAUCUUGUUUCCUUGCUUGCUCUCUAUCGUCUCAGCCCCUCAGAUCUAUGAAAAAUCUAUGCGUACGAAAGCUCUGUCAAUAGUCUUCUACUGUACGUCCAUGCUGGGAACCAUGAGUGGGGCCUACAAGGCAGAGACUAGUUAUCUGAUGUCACCAAUGCUCCAACCAUGGAUGGAGCAAUUUUCAGCUGUAUUAAGUCAUCCAGUGCAACCUGAAGAUCCUGAAGAUUGGAGCAUAAGAAUGGAGGUUUUGAAGUGUUUGAAUCAAUUUGUUCAAAAUUUUCCGAGCGCUACUGAAAAAGAGUUUACGUCUAUUAUAGGACCUCUGUGGCAAACGUUUGUGACAACUGUAAAAGUAUAUGAGAAGUCAUCAGUCGAAGGUGCUCAAGACUCCUUUGAUGGGCGAUAUGACUCUGAUGGAGCAGAGAGAAGUCUAGAAUCCUUUGUCAUACAGUUAUUUGAAUUCUUGCUAACAAUUGUUGGCAGUUCGAGAUUUGUGAAGGUCGUUGCAGAUAACUUGCAAGAGCUGGUUUACUAUACCUUUGGAUUUAUGCAGAUUACGGAACAUCAGAUGCAUGCCUGGUCUCUGGACGCAAAUCAAUAUAUCUCUGACGAGGAUGACAAUAUGUACAACUGCCGUGUUUCUGGUGUCCUCUUAUUAGAAGAGAUCAUCAGUUCUUGUGGCGAAGACGGACUUUAUACCCUGGUAGGUGCUGCUAGAAGGCGGUUUAUCGAGUCCCAACAGCAAAAGGCUGAUGGUUUUGAAUUUUGGUGGAGGAUUAGAGAGGCUGUUAUUUAUGCUAUGGCGUCAUUAUCAGAUCAAUUUCAAGAAGCAGAGGUUUGUGGCCCGGAUGGAUUUGAUUUGAAAAAAUUUGUAGAGCAAAUGAUUAUGGAAGAUGUUGGAGCAGGGGUCCACGAAUGCCCUUAUCUACAUGCCCGUGUGUUCUCAUCAGUACCCAAAUUCUCAUCUAUGUUGAGCCCUGGGGUGGUUGAGCAUUUUCUUUUUGCUUCCCUGAGAGCCAUAGGCAUGGAUGUGCCACCACCUGUUAAAGUUGGUUCUUGUCGAGUGCUUUCCCAACUCUUAUCUGAAGCAAACAAAGAAGCUCUUCAACCUCAGAUAUUGCAGCUAUUUUCAUCACUUAUUGAUCUGCUUAAUCAAGCAUCUGAAGAAAGUUUGCACCUAGUACUUGAAACAUUACAAGCAGCUAUUAUGUCAGGUCAUGAAGCAUCUUUAUCAGUGGAGCCAGUUAUCUCUCCCAUAAUUCUUAACACAUGGGUGUCUCACGUCUCCGAUCCUUUUAUUAGUAUAGAUGCCAUUGAAGUUCUGGAGGCAAUCAAAAAUGCUCCAGGCUGCAUCCAACCCUUGGUUUCUCGUGUAUUGCCCUACAUUGGACCAAUUCUUAGCCAGCCUAAACAGCAGGCUGAUGGAUUAGUCGCGGGGUCAUUGGAUUUGGUGACUAUGCUUUUGAAGAAUGCUCCUGGUCCUGUUGUCAAAGCAUUAUAUGAUGUUUGUUUUAACCCUAUAAUACAAAUAGUACUUCAGAGCGAUGAUCAUAGUGAGAUGCAGAAUGCUACAGAGUGCUUAGCUGCUUUUGUUUGUGGGGGCAAGAGUGAACUCCUUGCUUGGGGUGGAGAUUCUGGAUUUACUAUGAGAAGUUUGCUAGAUGCUCUUUCAAGACUUCUGGACCCUGAUCUGGAAAGCUCGGGAUCUUUUUUCGUCGGGAAUUAUAUUUUGCAACUUAUUUUGAAUCUUCCUUCACAAAUGGGGCAGCAUAUUCAAGAUCUGGUCUCUGCACUUGUCAGGCGUAUGCGAUCUUGUGAAAUAGCUGGACUGAAAAGCUCGUUGCUACUUGUUUUUGCCAGAUUGGUUCAUUUAAGCGCUCCAAAUGUUGGGCAGUUUAUAGAUUUGUUGGUCUCCAUACCUGGGGAGGGUGACAGAAACUCGUUUGCUUAUGUAAUGUCUGAAUGGGUCAAACAGCAAGGUGAGGUACAGGGAUCAUACCAAAUUAAAGUUACUACAACUGCGUUGGCUCUUUUGCUGUCUACCAGGCAUGUUGAAUUGGCAAAAAACUUUGUUCAAGGUCAUUUGAUUCAGAGCGCUGUAGGAAUAACAACGCGUUCAAAAGCUAAAUCAGCUCCCGAUCAGUGGACCGUGAUGUCUCUUAACUCAAAGAUUCUUGCCUUGUUAGCGGAUACACUAAUUGAGAUCCAAGAACAAGUGACUGAGCAUGAUGCGGAGCAGGAUAGUGACUGGGAGGAAGUUGAUGCAGGAGAUGCAGAUGUAGAUCAAGAUCUUUUACAUGUGACAACUGCUAAAUCAUCUGGCAAACCAGCUUAUGAACAUCUUGCUGCAAUGGCAAAAGUAUUUGAGAACCAAAUGGAUGGGGAUGAAGAUGAUCUAUUAAGCAGUAUCGACCCUCUGAAUGAGAUUAAUUUGGCAAAUUAUCUUGUUGACUUCUUGGUGAAGUUCUACCAGAGUGACAGGACACUUUUUGAUCAGCUUUCUCAGAGUUUAACUCAAUCUCAACGGCAUGCGAUUCAAAUGAUUUUGAACCAUUACCAACGCAACGCUGCCUAGGGUGUAGUUGAUGCUGAGUUUCCCCUUGUAUGCACACAUCGAGCUGCAAAACGCUUACAUCAAGUGUUUCAAAACGGUUAAGGUGUGCCCAUUCUUUGUCCUGUAAAAUGUUGAGAUAAAGUUGUAUGUUGAUUUUCUUUGUAAUGGUUUGAUUGAUUUUAAUUUCUGCUUUUCGUUGGGGGUAGGGCCGUAGGGGUGGUAGUGAGGUGAGAGAGUAUUGUGCCAGAAGAGGUCUAUCAGACGCCAAAUUACCAGGAAUGUAGCCGUUAUUUGAGUUUGCUAUAGGGAAAAUAUAGAAUUUAUGUAAAAUGUGUAUGACCUUGAAACUUUAUUUAUUGAUUACCAGGUUUUGCUUUGCAGUUA